AUGCCUUCGAGUCCGACGAAAGCAGCUAACUCAAGUCAAGCAACGCAGAACGCCUACACCACAUCGGAGGGAGCGCUCUCGCCGUUCAAGACAGCGCGCGAGCGGUCUGUAUCCAGGCCAUCUUCACGCUCCUCUUUGCGCACACACAGCCCGUCGUUUUCUCUCGACGACCCAGUCUCGGUGCGGAACCACAUGUCAACACUCAAACACAACAUCCGGCAACAACAAGCACAACUCAACAACCUCGAAAACAUUGUGCGCAGCGGUCCGCGCCCGUACGGUCCAGAGCUUCUCGACGAUCUUGUCUCUACCUCUAACGUCAACGCAAUGGCAUCAUCUUCUUCAUCUACAUCUAUAUCUCCUGGCUCAGGACCAUCCUCGUACACCCCAGCAUCACCAACCCCUCCAGGCACGACGACGCGCAUUCAGCGCCGGUCAAGCCACGACGUACUCCUAAGUCUCGCAGGACCCGAGUCCAACCUGCCUCUACCACGACGCAGCGAUCCCUCUGACGAUGCCGGCCCCUCAAGUUUAGUGCAGAGCGGAAUUCGCGAAGGUAUCCCCUCGCCCACAGCCUACACUACCAAACGCCCAGCGAGUCCCACGCGGACGCUAUCUCGGAUCCCUGUGUCAGCUGUAGGAAAUGCGCGUGCGCUCGCAGAGGAAGGAAACAUCUCCAUAUCCUCGUCACGGCACACACCCUCCUCAUUGCAGCCAGACACGUCUUCAGCAUCCCUCACCCCAGGUCUACACCCGCCACCCACACCUUCCUCCCCCAACAAACGGCUCUCGCUGACACCCGGGGCAGGGGGUACCACCAAAGUUCUCGCGGACCUGCAAACGGGCGUCGUGAACGCGCGCAACGCUCUCGAGAACACGAAAGCUCAGUUACGGCUCGCGCAGCGGAGUGUGGCGCAGCUGACAAGGCAGACGGAGGACUUGAAGGAAGGCAGGGAGAGGUUGAGAUUGGAGAAUGAGGGAUUGAACAAUGUUGUGGCAAGGAAGGAGCGAUUGUUGCAGGAGGUCCUCGAACGCGCACGUAAAGCCGAAGCCGAAGCCGCCACCCUCAAAUCCCAACUCAAAUCCGAAACAUCCACCUCCAAAAAGACCAUCCGCGAACUCGAAUCGUCCCUCGCAGAGUGCACUGCGCGCACAGCAAAAGCAGAGCGUGAGUACACAGUCCUACGGGAAAGUGUGAAGGGGAUGGGGGAUACGUGGCGUGCGGAUGUUGAGGGGCUGAGGGUGGAGAUGGGCAGGAGAGAGGAGAGAGUCGGUGAAGAGGCCAAGAGGGUGGGGGCCAUGGCGAGGAAGCUUGAGGAGGAGGUUAGGAGGAAGGGUAAGGGACAAAGCCAGGAAGAGGAGGAGGUCAGGCGUUUGAGGGAGGAGGACGCAAGGUCGGCGAAGGAGGUGGAAAAGUAUUGGAUGGAGAGGGUCAAGGAGAUGAAGGAGGAGGUGGAUAAGGAAUCCAGUGCGUGUGAGGAGGCUAGGAAGGUUGCAAAACAUUUAUCAGAAGAGCUGGCACGGUUGAAGAGGCUCAUGCGGUCUGCCGGACGAGGGGAGCCGGAGUCUGGGCAGAGCAAAAGCAACGUCGGCGAUGGCGGUGGUGGAAAUGGAAGCCCGCAAGAUUCUGGGACGCCGACGACGCGUCCUCCACCUCCAUCAUGA